CUCGCCAGGGCCGCCUCAGGCCGGGUCCAGGCCGGAUAUGGCUCGUGGACAGCAGAAGAUUCAGUCGCAGCAGAAAAAUGCCAAAAAGCAAGCUGAGCAAAAAAAGAAACAAGGACAUGAUCAGAAGGCUGCAGCCAAGGCUGCCUUGAUAUAUACCUGCACUGUUUGUAGGACACAAAUGCCGGAUCCCAAGACCUUCAAACAGCACUUUGAAAGCAAGCAUCCUAAGACUCCACUUCCUCCAGAAUUGGCUGAUGUUCAGGCGUAAAGUUGUCUACAGGUGAAAUCAUGGCACCUAUUGACUCUUCUACUGUCAGACCUUACAUAACAAACCUGCAGCUGCUUUUCUAAAACUGUUGAUCAGCAAAAAUGAAGGGGCUACAGAAACAUUCAUAUUUUUAUGCUGUUCCCUCUUGGGCUUCAUGCAAAGACAAUUCUGUGUAAAUGUACAGUUGUGCCCUAUUUGGAAAUCCUGAAAAAUCAGUCCAUACUUGUUAUAAAAAAUUUUUUACAAUUGUAAUUAUAUUGAUGUUCAUAUUGUGUAAAAUAACUCAUUUAAUAAAGUAGUACUUUGAUUUUACAGUAUCACAGAUUAAAUCCUUGUAGAAGUUCCGUUUCAACUUUCUGCAUUAUCUGCCUUAUAAAAUAAUAAAGACGACAAAGUGGAAUUUUCCCCAUCCUGCCAAAACAUGAGCAGUAUCAUUCCACUGAAAGUAAUGUACAUUACAGUAAAUUAAUCUUAAGUGAAAAGGGAAGCUGCUCAGACUUACUGUUCAGUGUGCUGCCUGCUUGAGCCCAUUCACGAGUGAAGUUGUUGGCUCAAGGCACAGCAGACUCCCUAGAAGCUGCAUGAGAAUCGUAAGACUCCCUUCUACAUUUCAGUCCUGUGUAUUGGAGUCUAAUACUGCAAGCCAUUUUGAAUGGGAUUCCUUUAUUGUGAGGGAUCAUGUUCCUUGAAGUCAUGUACCAGAGAGACCCUGGUUGUGCUUUUUAUCCUUUAUAUAUGGUAGAAGGCUGAGAAAGCUGAGAGGUGGCAGGAUUGAAUGCUUCUGGGUAUGCUGGCUUGAAAAAGGCUCGCAAAUAUUAGGUUAAAGCCACUCUGCUUAGUUGAAAAUUUUAUUUGAAAAGAUGGUAUUUUGAGCAGUCAACCACACAUGUUCCCCCUCAAAUGCAUCUGGUUAUUUCAGUAGCAACUCUUCAAGAAAUACGCAAAAUAGCCAGCCAUUAAAACCUUUUUUCACAACUAACUUAAAAUAAGCCUGUUGGAAAAGAGCCAAAGUAACUAAAAUAAUAUGGUUACUUUAAGAAAUCAGAUGUGAUUAAAGUUGCAUUGACAAGAAAAAGCUGGAUAAUAACUCUUUGGCCAAGAACAUUUGAGCAGCUAAACAUAAUUACAUUUAAAGUGUUCUGUGCUCAGUUCUAAUCCCAGAUGUACAGCACAAGUAGUGGAGAAACAUCUGAGUUGUGCUAGAUGGUCUGCUAUCAAAACCGUGUCAUUGGCAUUUGGAGGGAGCUUAUUUAUGAACUUUAGUUCUGACCUUGCAGAAAGAAGCAAUAGUAGAAUUGCUGUGACUUGCUUACUAGAAUUGUUAAUUUACUGAGGUUACAGCAGAUGUAAAAAUUGUGGCAGUUCAAGUAACCCUUGCUACGCAGCAGUACUGUACAUCUGACCUUCAAAUGGCUUCCUAAAAUCUAGGACCAUAGUCUUGAAGACUCAUUCACUUAAAAGAAUGCACUUGGUAUUUUAUUAUAUAAAGUCAAAGCCUUUGUCUUUGUCCACUCAUUUGCUCUUUAUUGAACUACUUCUGUGAGACUAGCUUCCUGUCCUCUUUGCUGUGACAGUAUCUCUGUAAAUACUUACUUUGGCAUAAAGUUUCUCUGUAUUAUAGUCACUCCAGGAUAACCUGUAUACCACUUAACUUUUAUAGAUAAUGUUGUCUCCUCUGAGAGUAAUCCACUACUGCACUUGUACACCUGACAUCAGAAUGUAACGCUUCUUUUAUUUUUCUUUAAUGUUAUCAAUACAUACAUCCUGAUAAACUGGCUUCCGCGAGGCAAGAAAUCUGCUCUCGACCUUUGUGCUGUAUGGGGGAGAGGUACUUCAAUGUUCUGGUGCUGUAGUUUGUCUAAAAAUACGCUGAGUGCAAAUAGAUAAAGAUGUUUCUUGCACUGAUUGGUAUUUGGUAAUCUGGUUUUACUUUGGAAAAUGUUCUGGGAUGUAUCCCUGUAGCUUGGUCCUGAGGUGAAGUAUAUGUUCUAUUUCUUCAAUUCAGACUGUAGCAUUCAAUAAAAAGAUUUUGUUUCAUAAACAAUCUCUUUUAAUGAGCGCUGAAGAGCUGGAAAGCUGCAUCACUAGUGGGAUGGUUAGAAUUGUAUUUUCAAAAUUUUGUGAUGCUCAAGUUGAAAAUACCCUAUAAAAUAAUGGGGGGGGUUAUGUAUUAGAAGGCAAGGGUGAUUGAUCAUCAGUUCAGUAAGAUCCUUAGCUGCAGUAGCUGCAGUUUCAAUUGCAGAAAUAAAGCUAUGACUGAAUUGUUAUAAAGACUUUAUAAGUAUAGGGGGAAUGCUAUACGAAAUGUGGGAAUAAUCCUCAUUCAGAAUCUGCAAUACUCCUUGAACCUAAAAGGUCAGAGGAAGGACUAGUUCUCCAUCAUCUCUUCCUGAUCUGAAGGAUGGCAUCCUGUUACCUGGCUAAAGACACAGUUGUGCAUUGUAAUGUGUCUGAUUAAAAAGAAUU